AUGUCAAAAAAUGUCAGUAAACUACAACUACUGUUAUUAUGUUUACUAUUGUGUUCUAUUCCUACAAAAACGACGGAUGAGUUCAAUAAUUCGAGUACGAAUAAUCAGACAGAAGAAGCUUGCCUACAGGAAUCAUGUGAAACAAUACCGAAAGAAGAUAACGUUACGGACGUGGGACUAGCAAAUAAUUUCCUUCAUGAGCAAACGAUUGAAAUUUUGAACGAAAGAGUAAUACCAUGGCAUAUUUCCAAUUCAAUAUGCCCAAUUGAUAGGGAGUGCCAUUCAUUACCUGCUGAUUGCAUAAUCUGCAAGUUCAAUUUUACAUGUAUCUAUGGUAACUUGGUAAAUGUCAGUUGCCAAGCUAUUCCAAAAUGUGAUGGUCCUAAAGUAUUUGAGAAAACUAUGAGAUGUCAAUAUUGUUACCAGACUUCUCCAGAAGAUCAUUCCUGCAAUGCAACAGGCAGCUACUGUAACACACCAGCUAACCCAGUUCAAAACUACAGAUCCAACUGCACUGCAAAACCACAUGUCUUGUGUUUAGGACAGAGGACAUUUUUCAAAAAUAUUAGAUGCAAUUGGACAUCUGGAUACAAGUGGACUACAACUCUACUGUUGAGCAUUACCUUAGGUGGUUUUGGAGCUGAUAGGUUCUACCUUGGUCACUGGCAGGAAGGGAUUGGCAAGUUGUUUAGUUUUGGAGGAGCUGGAGUAUGGACUUUGAUUGAUGUGAUAUUAGUAGCUGUUGGUUACCUCAAACCAGCUGAUGGAUCUGUGUUUUUGUAGAAUAGAAGAAUAUAUAACUUGUGUACUGAGAAAUAAAAAAUUAUCAUGAAA